GUAGGCAUGGGGGACACCAUUCCCCCCAUUACAGUGCUGUAUUCAUCUAUUUCAUUCAGGAGCACAAAGACUUGCAAUUUAGGGUUCUAUAUGCAGGGCAGUGAAAAAACAUUUCUGAUUGACAUAAAUGUGAAUUGUGUUAUAUUCAGACAGGCUGGCUAAAUUUACCCUAAAGUGCUUACCCUAAUAUUUCAACAUUUAGUCUCCAAAUUGCUUUAAGCAGGUCAUCAUUUGAAAUGGAGCAUCACACUCCUUCCCGUAACAUCACCGAUUUUUCCACUGAUGGAAACAGGAGGAAGGGACAUGAGGAAGGGAUUGACUAUGGAGAAGUCAUGUACAUAACAUGUUUCAUCAUUACAAGCAUUUUAGGAAUUGUGGGCAAUGGACUGGUCAUCUGGAUUACUGGAUUCAAAAUGCAAAAGACAAUGACUACAACUUGGGUUCUCAACCUUGCGAUUGCAGAUUUCUCUUUCUGCCUGUUUCUGCCCUUGAGACUUUUUGUUGUGGAACAGUGGGUUGCCCAGCCAUUAGAUUGGAUAUUGUGCAAGAUCAGUUCUUUCACCAAAUACAUAAAUAUGUAUACAAGUGUAUUAUUUUUAACUGUAAUCAGUAUUGAUCGCUGUAUCUGUGUUCUGUACCCAAUAUGGUCAAAAAGCCACAGAAGUUCCAGGUUAGCAGCAAUCAUCUCAGUAAUCAUUUGGUUUUUAUCCAUUGUGCUAAGCUCUCCAUACUUUAUUUUUAGUGAUACCUUAAAUGAUGAUUCUAUUUUUUAUUGUAUCAACAGUAAAACGCCCUGGACAAAUUUAACCGAGCUUGAUUAUGAAACUGUAGACCUUAUAGAUGAAGCAGCGUCUGUUACUGAAUUUGUGUGCGCCUUCCUGAUCCCCUUUUUCAUCAUUGUUAUUUGCUAUGGGCUCAUUGCUUUCAAGGUGAGAAGAAACAGCCGAAUCCUUGGGUCUGGUCAAACCUUCAAAAUUUUAAUUACAACUGUCCUUUGCUUUUUCUUCUGCUGGGUUCUUUAUUAUUUGGUGCCCAUUAUUACUUUGGUAAAUUCUAAUACUGAUUGGCCUGGUUCAGACUUUCUUUAUCCACUUUCCGAAUGCUUGGCUUUCUUCAACAGUUGUCUCAAUCCAAUAAUCUAUGUCUUCAUUGGUCGGAACUAUAAACAGAUUUUAAGAAAGUCAAUUCCAUUCCUUCUGGAAAGCACAUUCAGAGAGAGAACUGAACCCACAGAAACUCAGGAAGACGACACUGUAUAAGUAGAUAUUGUGGUUUUGUAUAUCAAAUCAAUUUUUGUGUAGUAACGUUGUAACACAGUGAGUAACACAGUGGUUGAAAAAGACAUGUCCAUUGACUUUAUAUCUAAAAACUGCCUAACUGCUAGCUGAUCCAGAGGAAAGCAAAGGAAAAUGCACUGUAUAUGCUUCUGGAUAUUUCCUUUGGUUAUGAUAUUUGCGACUGAGUUGAUAGAAAAACUGCAGAAAAACUGCUGCACAAACAGUAUCACUACACAAGGCUGGUUGUGAGGGAAACAUCUGCCUAGUGAUCAUUUACUGCUUCAUUCAGCUAAUAAUGCUAUUUAGAAAAACAGAUAUUCUUUGCUUUGGGACUGACUCAGAAAAUACUGAGUAGAAAGGGAACUAUCAUUUACAUAAUGAACAUUUUAUCAGGUUCAAUAUUUAAAUCAAAGGGGUAAUAUUGUUAUAUUUGAAGCCAGUUUAGAAGCAAGCAGUCUGUGCUCCGACACUGAUACAAACUGUCAGAUGCAGCCCUUGCUAUGCAGUCAUGCAAUGCACCUAUGAAGAGGAACAUUUUCUUUUUAAAAAACUAUUUUAAACUUAGCAUCCAUAGUAACAUAGUAAGAUAGGUUGAAAAA